UGAUAGGCUUUGGGGGUAUUAAUUAUAAAUAAUAAUGGUGGGACAAUUGCAGGUUAACCUGCAACCUAAAUUUUAAUUUAGAAGGAUAUUUUUUUCUUAUUGUAGCUUGUAGACAGAACUCCAGCAGGAUUCACCAUGCAGAUGCCAAUGGUUGCAUUGCUUACCAAAGUGGAAACAGGAAGAUGUGUGGGUAUUGAAAUAGCCAACAAGACCAAGUCUAUCACCUUAUCUUCUCCAAGCACAUACUGUGAUAGUGGCUUUGUGUAUUGUCCGCCACCUCCCACCAUCUCUCCUGGCACCGUGGACCACUGUAUAUUUGUGAAAACACCAUCAACGGCCUGUGGAAGCGUUGGAGUCCUGACUCAUUUCUCUGGAACUCACACUGUAACAAUCCUGUUUUCUAACCCUUUUGAUUAUAACAUACACAACAUACUUUUUGGUGCACUGAUCACUGAGAAAACACGUAAGGCCGACCAUGCUCUUUAUAAUGAGAUUUGUAACACUGAAAAACAAGGUCUUUAUCACAAACUUGUUGAGGUCACCAGAGACGGAGAGUCCUUGGAAGUUCAUUGUGACCAUGUGAAAGUUUUAGCCACAAUGUCAAAUGACAAAAAGGCUAUCUUAAGGGUAGAGAUUUUAGAGACUGGAAUGUAGGCUGUUGAAAGCCAUUAAUCCAAUGGAUCACGGGGGCUGAUUUACUGAUACAGCUGCUAAAAUACACCAGUUACCCAUAGCCACCAAUCAGGCUGUAGCUUUCAUUUUCUAUCUUGUAGUACAUUAUCUCAUUUCUAUUUGGAUGCAAGUAGUAACUUCAAUGGAGUAACUUGAUAUCUGUGUUAGCAAAUAUCCCCAUAGGCUUUAGUGGGUAAGACUUAUGUCACCCAGCGACUGGUAGUUGGCUAUAAAUAUGUUUUAUUGGUUUCUAGUGCAUCAUAUGGUCAGGUCCAGUCUAAGGGCAUCAAAAUCCCUCUGCACAACCCCCUAUUCUUCCUAUGUACAGAAUGUAGAAUUCUGAUUUAAUUAGUUAAAUCACACAAGUAUUCAUGUUCCCAGCACGGCUUCUUUGUUUGUCUAUUCUGAUAUUUAUGCCAAUUAUUUAUUGUGACCUUAACCCGAAUGUCUUUAUUCUGGAAAUCACUUGACUAUCUUAUCCAGAAAUUUGGUUGCAACUCCUUAUACCUCUGCC